AAAGUUAAGCAGACCGACAUUUGAGAAUUUUGUUCAGCUAUUUUUGCAACCUUCGGAAUUUUGCCGCGUUUUCUCUCGGGAUUUAAGACAGACAUGGAGACUUUGCGAAAGCACAAGGUCUUCCUCAUUGACACUUUGUUGAUGGAUGCCAGCAAUAUCUUAAAUUUUGCCCAGCAGAAAAAUAUCCUCACCACGCGUGAAUACAACAAUCUUAACCACUCCAACCACACCCAGGAAAAAAUUGUCACAAAUCUUCUAGACAUAGUGAUGAACAAGGGCAACGAGACAUGUCUCAGAUUUGAGAAGCUCCUGCAUUGCCAAGACCUUCAGAAGAAUUUCCCUAAGUUGAGGGAGCAUUUCUUGCCCCCAUCUCAACCACUAGAUACGGCAGCUGUUGAAGAGGAGAAGAAUUUUUAUCCCAUGAACCAUCGGCCUCUAGGAUACUGUCUGAUUAUUAACAACUAUGACUUUCAUGGUACAUCGUUUGGUAACAGAAAGGGGACGGACAUGGAUAGAGACACUCUUACCAGAGUUUUUAAGAGGAUGAAUUUUUUAGUGGAAGAAAGAAGAGAUCUUCCAAGUGAAAAAAUUAAAGAUGCGGUCCGCGAGUUUUCAGAGAAUAAACACUCUGAAAUGGAUGCUUUCGUGUGCUGCAUCCUUUCACAUGGAGAAAAGGGUUCUGUGUGUGGUGUUGAUGGUGUUACAGUUUCAAUCCGAGACCUCACUGAGCCGUUUGCCCUCUGCAGAACACUCAUGGGCAAGCCCAAACUCUUCUUUAUUCAGGCAUGCCAGGGUGAUGAGCUGCAAAAGGGUGUAUGGAUGGGCGAUGGAGGUUCUGAGGAUAAGCAAAUGUAUGUGGAUGAUGCCCAAAUAUCUGGUCUGAACAGCAUCCCCAUUAAAGCUGACUUCUUAAUUGGGAUGUCUACAGUGGAGUACUACAAGUCUUUCCGCCACCCAACAGAGGGAUCUAUUUAUAUCCAAGAGCUGUGCAAGCAGCUGGAGAUUGGCUGCCCUAGGAAUGAGGACAUCCUGUCAAUUCUUACAAAGGUGAAUGCAAGCGUGAGCACCAAAGUGCUAUCGGGACACAAGCAGAUGCCUGAACCAAAAUACACUCUUACCAAGAAACUGGUACUACCAAUGGACUGAGCCAGAAAUUAAAUGAACCCACAUGAUGAUCAUCUUAGUCUUCCGUUACACUAAAUAAGUUUCAAUAUUGUCAAUGAAAUCAGAUUGUGUGACAGGUUUGUGGGUAAGACUCAGGUGACAAGCUGCAAUAAUUCUUGGGUGCUGUUUAUUUAGGUUUCCAUUCAUAUGUUGUUUAAAGACACACUGAUGAUCAUUGACAGCUAUAUUUGGUGAAAAUCACCCUUUGAGAAUUUUGUUUCAGCAUUAUUUUUGAAGCAUAAUUUUUAAAUUCCAAUACUUCUUUAAAGGCUAAAUUUGUGAUGCGUCUUUCACAACAUUUAAAAUAUAUAUCAAUAUAUCCACUGCAGAUCAUGUGAAAUGUUUCUUUAUUUGU